AUGGAAUACUCGUUAGAAGAACAACACUUAUUGACCAAUAUGACAUUUGGAAACCUUUGGUUAACGGACCCGGAAUUUGCCAACUGGAUCCAUCCGCAUUGGCGCCGAUUCACCCCGCCAGAUCCAAUCUACAACUACCUGGUCGGUAUUUAUGUCGGCCUUAUGGGUGUGAUCGGAAUUGGUGGGAAUUUGGUCACCAUUAUUCUGUUCAUUGUGUACNUAUACUGA